AUGAUUGGUCAAUUAAUUAAAAAAUCAACUGGUAUCACUGGUUUAAAAGUUCAACCCCAAGCUAGACAAAUUUUAUCAGAAUUAUAUAACCAAACAUUAACAAAAUUACAAAUCAUUCCAACAGAAUCAGCAUACAGAAGAGAUAUUGAAUCAAUGACCAGAUUUAGAUUAAAUGUUGUACAAAAAGAAACUGAUAUCAUUAAAAUCGAAAAUACCAUCUAUGGUGGUCAAGUCGAAGAAUUAAUUGAACAAGCCAAAAACGAAUUAAAAGUUAUUGAUGUUGUUCAUAAAUCAAGAGCUUGGGAAUCUGAUAAAAAUAAACCAACUGUUGUCCUUUAUUCAAAAUUUUAA